AACCUCAUGCAUACACUCCCCCGCCCGUUUUCUAUCCUUCCCCUCCAAAACCGCCCUACCAAAAAUACCACUAUCCGGUUUUCUCGUAAAACCACCUUCUCCAACAUGUCCGGAUCCAACCAACGCAACCGCUCGUGUCUAGGAAUCCUGUUCACACUCGGCCUCGCCGCCUUCUUUAUGUGGCUCAUCCUCCGUCCUUCUAAACCUACCCUCUCAAUUGAGCAAUUUUACGUCCCUGCCCUUAACAAAACCGCCAUCUCAAACCUCUCCGCCACAAUACCGCCCGUGAAUACCACCGUAGCUUUCCACCUCAAACUCAGAAAUGAAAACAAGGACAAGGGCGUUUACUACGAUGCCCUCAACAUUACUCUUUAUUACGGCCCCGACCACUCAGUGGUAGGGAAUCUGACGUUAGAUUCUUUCUACCAAGGGCAUAAGAAGACAGCUCAUAGGAUGGAGAGUAUGAAAGCUAAGGGAAGGGCAUUUUGGGAAAAUGCGACGAGGGCGGUUUCCGAACGGAAUUCAACGGUUUUCAGGGUGGGUUUGUGGACGGCCGUAAGGUAUAAGAUCUACGGCAUCAAGACCAAGCGCCACCGGUUCCGGCUAGUCGCCGACGUCGACGUUAACGCGGAAGGUGCCUGGCCAAAGCGCAAGGGCGUAAAGUUCCACUCGCGCGCUGCCGCGCAGGCUGGCUAUCGUGCGCGGCUGGGGGCGCCGCUGGCCCUGCUGGUUCUGCUCGUUGUUUGGUAGAGGUGGGUCGUUGGGGUGGGUUUUUCUGCGGCUUCCGUGGCGAACGUGUGUGAGAUCCGAACCGUUCAUCACAUAGAGCACGGUGUGAAAGUGCAUUUUCACUAUCGAUUAAGCUACUUGCGAAUUUGUAUGUGGAUAGUUUGUGGGUCAUGUCUCCGAAGCCGUUGAUUUUUUAUUUACAUGUAAGGCUUGUAUGAUUUUUGGGCCAGGGUGUGUUCGCAAUGAUCCCUACCUGAUGAAUGUCGUCGAUCUCACACACGUCUGCCAUGUUAGCACGUGUAGCAUGAAGCUGCGUGUGCGUCUCACGUCUCGUGUCCAAGAUUAUCUAUUGGUACUUUCUUUUUCUUUUUUUAAAAUUUAUUUAAUUCACCUUUGUAAAUCUAUCUAAAUAUGUAAUCAUUAAUUACAUAUUGACAUCACAUCGUCGAGGGGUGCAAAAAUAUGUGGGGCCCACCGUGAU